CGAACAGAGAAGGCUCAGCAGCCGCCUCCGAGCGUUGUUUAUGCAGAUAUCGUCAUUAAACCGCAGCGUCGCUCUGGAUCCGUCCGCCAUCGCGCUGCACUCCACGCCUGAUUCUGUUCAGCUGAGCCCUCCAGCGCGCUGCUGUCGCGACGUGGCGUACUUAUCCGGACUCCAUGAACCCCACCCCAGUCUCGUCUACGAGGCUUCGAUACCCCGAGAGCCGUCGCGACUAUGUCCUCCAGCGCACCGGGCCCCUCAGGCAGGAAGGUCGCGAUACCUCGCCUCCAACGAACGAACCAGUCACAACCCUCUAAGGAGCGGAGAAGAGUCGGUCGUGCGUGCACGGCCUGCCGCUCCCACAAGAUCAAAUGCACUGGCGACGUCCCCCAAUGCAAGCAUUGCGAAACCACCGGGCGUGAAUGUGUGUACAUCAUGCCUCGCAAGGACCGCCUCAAGACUGUAACCGAACGAAGCGGGCAGAUGAUCGGGUUGCUGAAGAAACUGCGAGCCUUUGCCAACGACGAUGAUGGCGCCCGGAUAGCAGAGCUACUAGAAGCCGCUGAAGAAGACAUGUUCGAAACACGUCAUACUCCGACCAUCUCGAACCCCGACACCAACGAGGACGAACUGCACAGACCCGGGGGGCUGUUCGAAGCCAACAUGGGCAAACUUCUGGAGCGAUUGAACACCGAAUCGUUGGACCUUGUUGACGAAAACCUGCACGAGACCGACCAGGCGCGAGCUACAGGUUUUGUAGGUCCAGGUUCGGAGGUCCAGUGGCUUCGAAGCUUUUUGCUGUUAGAACGGGGCGAUAGCGACGCAGCGACUUCCAAACGAGGCUCAUCCGCGAACACCACGAACAACGAGCAGGUGAGCACUAUCACCUUCUAUCUCGAUAACAAGAACGUGGAUCCGGAGUUCCCUGUCGAACCCUACGAGCUUCCAACGGCCGAUGUGGCUGAACAACUAUUGAACAUAUACUUGGAGAAAGUGCAUGACUCUUUCCCCAUUCUUCCGCGGAAGCUGUUCCAAGAUCAGUGCCAGAAAUAUUUCGAAGCAUUAAACCAUGGAUCGGCUCUGAGACUGAGUGCGAAAUGGCAAGCAAUCCUUAACUUGGUGUUUGCUAUCGGCGCAAAGUACUCCCAUCUCGUUAAAGCCAAUUGGCAGGCAGAUGAGCGAGACCAUCUUAUUUACCAAGCAAGGGCAAGUGCUUUUGCGUGGAACGAGAACACGCUCGGACAGCAUCCUGACUUGCCGCAAAUCCAAGUGGCUGGCCUGCUAGCCUUCUAUCAUCUGUCCGUUGGGCAGGUUAGCCGAGCAUGGGUAGUCAUUGGAGUGGCGCUUCGCUUUGCAACUGCUCUCGGUUUACAUGUUCGAAACGAAGAUCCUUCGGCUUCCGGAGCCAAGCGGGAGGUAUUGGUUCGUGUCUGGUGGAGUCUGUACUACCUCGAACGGCAGCUCAGCAUCAUUACGGGUCGACCUAGUGCGGUGGUUGAUUCGCAUUGUUCAGUGCCACUACCAGUUCCGUUUUCUGAACAGCAGAUUCUAGAAAACAUCAACAUCGUAGAUUCGUUGCGGAGGUCCAGUGUGACUGCGAUCUCCCCAAUCGCACACAGCCACUCGUUCUCUGAGCCUCAUCCUACGAGCGGUGGACAUUCCAGUAGAUCGCCUCCAUACUUUGGCCUGGCGGAUGCCAAUUCUGGCUCUUACUUCAAAGCGGUCGUGCAGUUGUGUACCAUCUCACAAAGCAUCCUGACGUCGCUCUACUCUGCCGGAACGAUGGUUCGUUCUCCGAGCGAUCUCCAACAAGACAUUCUUCAGAUUGGUAAACGAAUCGAUGAUUGGGCCGCCAAUCUCCCUGUCAAUUUCAACUUCCAAACUCCUUUCGAAAAUUUGACCACGCCGGACAACUCCACCUUCCGCCAACGCACGAUGUUGGCUUUCCAACUCUGCAGCGCAAAGAUACUGCUCACGCGACCUUGUUUGAACAGUCUGGCAAAAUCGGAUGGAGAGAAUAAAGAAGGAUCUUCGGCAAGCUUUCUUCGAAGGAUGGCGAUCGCCUGUGUAGAGGCAGCGAAGAUGGAGGUGGACUUGUUACCGGACCAGCCCCAACCGCGAUUCGUAUACGAAUUCGGACCGUGGUGGAUACUUGUGCAUCAUUUAAUGCAAGCACUUGCUGUGUUCCUGCUAGCUCUCUCUUAUUCGUCGACGAUGCAUCAAAACAACGAGGUCCUCGCGGGGUACUGCGCCAAGAUUAUCCGCUGGUUGCGCGCCAUGGGAGACUCGCAAGCUGAGCGGGCCCACCAGGUGGCUGUUGGUUGCUAUGAUGUCAUCGCAGUCCGACUCUCGUUGCCUUCAACCAAACUGUGGAUAGACCCUCAGGUACCGGAUUCCGGCAUUAGGCAGGAUGAUGCAGCACGAGCGGCGUUCUCUGCAUAUCAUCAUCCUAUAGCUGCUGAGAUGGGUUACGGUUCUGAUCUCGCAAUGCCGGCUUAUCCAGGAAUCGCAGGCGAUUCGGCUCCUUUUCUUUACGCACCUGAUCCAUCAUCGUACUACCCUCAGCAAAACCGAAACUUGUGUGAUGGGAAUUACUUUCAUCAACUCCCAUAGACCAGCGUUUGCUUUGACGUAGGCGGCUCAUGACUUUCGGCUAUCUUGUCGACGAAAGCCUGCGCACGUUGCCGUGUCCAGAAGGGCAAAUACAAAAACGUAUCGCAUUUAAUCUUUGGUUGUGAAGGGCUCUAUUUUCGCGAGAAUGGGAACGAUAUAUUCGGACGACCUGCCACGGUGGGGAAGAAAUUGAAGGCCAAUGCCAAUGGUAAUUGACGAGAAAGGUCGGCACAAGUCCGUUAUAACUGCGGUGGACCCGAAUGAAGUAGGGGUUUUGUAAUGAAUUCCCCGCGGAGGCCGCGGAGCGCACGGACGUACCUUUCGUAUGGGGACGUUCAGUAUAUAUAUAUGCGGGAAACUGCGCGGGAAUGCGCAUGGCGAUCAUGGCUCGACUUCAUGUGCACCUCCAUCGAACCGCGCCAAUCAAGGGUAGGCGUCGCACACUAGUCGGGGUGUGCUACACACGC